GCAUUAGCGCGGAGUCUAUAGUCGAUGAUGUGAUAAAACGGCAAGCUGGGUCUACUGCGGCUGGGAACACUCCGACAUCGCAAGCUGCGCCCACAUCAAGGCAAGUAUCAACUACAAUUGUAGAAAGCACGUCUGUUUCAAUAACACCAAUAACAAUUAAAUCUAUAACUAGCGCGGCCGCACCAACAACGCAAGAAGCACCCUCUAGCACGCCCACAACAACCGCGGCCGCACCAACAACGCAAGAAGCAUCCUCUAGCACGCCCACAACAACGCAAGUAUCAACUACAAUUGUAGAAAGUUCAUCCAGUUCGACAACUCCAAUAACCACUAUAUCUGUAACUAGCGCGGCCGCACCAACAACGCAAGAAUCAUCCUCUAGCACGCCCACGACAACCGCGGCCGCACCAACAACGCAAGAAUCAUCCUCUAGCACGCCCACAACAACGCAAGUAUCAACUACAAUUGUAGCAAGUACAUCCACUUCGACAACUCCAAUAACCACUACAUCU